CAGACAAAUGAAAUGUUUCAGAUUGCCAACGCGGCAAAAAUAGUUCAAAACGCCCACUUCUUAUCAACAAUUCCAACAAAUCAACAGCUGAUCAACAACAACCAACGAUUAAUCACUUAUAAUAUGCGCAAUGCUACAAUUGUUGUGAUAGGUGAUAUAGGUCAUAGUCCACGUACGUGUAAUCAUGCCUUUUCACUUGCCUCGCAUGGAUUAAAAGUAAAUAUUGUUGGCUAUUUAAAUUCAAAACCUCAUCCAAAGAUUAUUAAUCAUGAAAAUAUCAGGUUAAUUUUUAUUCUUUUUUUAAUCCCUUUAAUUUUAGAAUUUCCCCAAUUUCACAACCUCCUUCAUUUUUAUCAAACAAUAAUCAAAUUCUACGUUUCCUGUUAUUACCUUUAAA